CUCAAUAAAGGAAGCCGCAAAACUAAACUCAAUCGUAUAACACAGAAUUUCGAGUAAGCAAGUACGUGAAAAACUCUCAUGAGAUAAUUUUAUAUUAGCUAGAAAAAAAUAAAACACAGUACAAACUAUUUCCACGCAUACUCGAAUAAUAUCUUAAAAGGCAUAAAAGCUGCUUCACAAUAGUUACGCAUUAAACAUCUGAACAACCAGCUGACGUGUUCACCCCGCACCGCAAACAACACUUUGUACCUAAACCAUUACUACAAGCGACCUAAAUCCAAACAAAAUGCCCUUGAAACUAAUAAAACCAGACUAUAAACACAUUUCCGUAUUCCACCUAGGUCAAAGUCAGCCAACGAUAAGUGUCAAAGAAAUCGGGGGGAAAAAGAGUGAGAAGGAGAACAAGGACACAAAAGAUAUCCAAGCAUUGCUAGACCGACACAUCGGAAUGUGUAAAAAAACUGCGCGACGUCUGGCCACUUUUGGCAAACGUCAACAACAUUUACACAAUAGGAAUAUGCCAUGCCAGGGACGACAACAACCGCCAACUUGGCAAGGGUUCGUAUUACCGCUACAAAGUGAAUACAUCACGUGCCGCAUUGUAGCACUGUUUUCCCAUCAACAGACGACUGCUGGGAAUACCCACACGCAAGCGACCAACGAGACUAUCAAAGAAGCAGCUAGCAAAGCAACCGGCAGCGAAGAGCUUGGAUAGCAUUGGCAUGCUGUGACCAUAAUAAAAGAGACCAGCAGAGUCAGCAGCAGCAUAGAGGGUUGUCUUCCGCAAAGAUUCGACGCUGUAUGGUGAAUGCGAUUUUAUUCUGGCAUACAGACAGACAUCCAGCCAGCAGGCAACCAACAAAGCAGUUAAAGUGUAAAGACACAUCAGAAGAUUGCUACAUUACUAGGUACAUAUGUACCAUACGUAGGAGGGGCUCCUCUGCCCCACUCUACUAAAUGCGCAUACAGUGUCAAUGACAAGUGCAGAUGCGGCAGCGCACAAGUGACUCUUGGGGCAGCUGCUUACGGUUUGUUAGACAUUUUUACUCAUAUUAAACGCCAUGGAGCUACUUCAUUGCCGUGUUGGGUUUUUAUACCCAUGCGCUUGUGUACAAGGGUAUUAUAAUUUUGUUCACACAACGGUUCUAUGUAACAGCAUAAAUUAAUCGAGGUAGAUAUAGAGAUAAAUAUACUUAUGGUAUAAACCAAAGUGCUCAGAAUGAUGCACAAAAUAACUCCAGCAAAAAGAAAUAUAUUAUAUUUGACUGAAACAUAAAAUGCGCGAAAUCAGUCAAUAACCACAGCUACUAGCAAAAUAAAGCCAAUUUUGAAAAAAGAAUAUAACGUGCAUCUCUGUUGGAUUCGAAAAAUUAACAGCCAGCUUAAAUAAAUUUUACUAAAAUGUGCGCGGGUUCAAUUAUAUAUGUACGGUUCGGUCCGGACUGAAGUGGCCUUCCUUACUUGUUGCAGCUUAUACUUAUUUCGCUGCUUGGGAAACCCUCAGCGCAUUCGCGGCAUCUAUUUAUGUAACGGCCUUUGUCUGCUUUGGCCGCCGGGUCUGCUUGACUACACCAAUGAGCUUGCUUGGUUGCUUACUUGGAACUACUCGUAUUUUUUUUGCUCAAACUUUAAUCGCCUACGGAAUCAGCACUCACCGUUGUCAUUAUUGGCAUUGACAUUGUCGUUCACGCUAUUGGUGUCUCAUUCUUGUGAUCAUCACCGUGCGUGUAAUACACUACUCUUUGUUCUAUUGCCUUUGCUGUUGGUGUGAAUAUGAGUACGCGUGCCGUCACAGUAACACCAGCUGCGCCUUUGCUGCCGUCCGUCCACAAAAGGGAUUUGUUUAGUUCUUGAAAAAAUUUUGUAAAACAGCCAGCCAAGGUAAACAAGUGGAAAUAUGAGCAUACCCACCGACAUACAGACGUGCCUACUUGUAUUCAGGUAUGAAUGUGCUAGUGAAUGACAAACAGAUGUCGUGCAGUUAAAUGGUGGAACCCCCAGUGCCCAGACACAAUGUCUGUUGGUUCGCAGCUCAUUGCACGUUUGUAGUUGUUGGUUGCCUGAAACUCAAGUAUUGCUUGUUUGGGAAACCCGCAUUAACUUUAGCGGUUAAGGUAAUGGGGAAAUACGCGACCAGCAAGUGAAACAAGUAGUUUAAGUGUGGUGUCGUAACAACAAGUCAAUUGCUCUGGCAAGUUUGCUACCGGGUACCUGUCGUCAUCCGUGUUAAUGGUUAGGCACUGUGUAUCCAUUUUGAAAAAGUUAUGGAGAAAAAUUUGUAGAGGAUGCUUUAUCUGGAUGAUAAAUCUGCUAUACCGAAAUUCUACAAGUGAGAAGAUAUAGUCGUAUAUG